AUAUCAAUAAACAUAUAAAUAAUAUAUAAUCUAAAAAAUAAUUAUAAUAAUUUUUGAUUAUAUUUAAAAAAAUAAAAUAAAUUUUAAUUUCUUGCUUACCGAUUAUCAGUCAAAUCAAACUGCAGAUUUCUUUUUUAACAAUUUUUUUUUUUUCCUCUUUUUACGUCGCCACGUAUGAUGGAAAUAAGUUCCAAAAAUACAAGCCCCAGAAAUGAUAUAUUCAGUGAUCUGUCAACAUUAAUAUCUAAACAAAAAAAUAUAAAUAAAUUAAAUUAUUGUUAAUAAAAAUAGACAUAGUAAAAUCUUAUUUAAAAUGGCAUCAAUAGCAAAAAACAUAACAGCAAUAAGUGAUGAUAUAAAUAAUAUUAAAUUAACAAGUAGUAAUCAUCAAGAUGAUACAUCAUCAUCAUCAACAACAACAACAAAUAAUUUAUCAAAUUUAUCAAGUGAAUUUGAGCCUCAUUUAUCUGGUUUUGAGACUCGUGAACUUUAUAAAAUAGCUAUUAAAUUUUACAAGGAAAAAGAGGGUAAAGCUGUACAUUUGUCAUAUGAAGAUAAAUUAAAAUUAAUGGCAUUUACACAACAAGCAAUACAUGGUAAAUGUACACCUGAAAAUUUACCGCCCUUGGGUGUAUUGGAUGUUAUUGGUAAAGACAGAAGGUUGGCAUGGCAAAAUCUAGGUGAUAUAACUAAAGAACAAGCUAUGGAAGGUUUUGUUGUACUACUCGAUAAAUUAUGUCCACUAUUCAGAACAGUUGUUGAAGCUCAAAAGCGUAACAUCGAAGAACAAGAACGUAUACAAAAAUUAAUUGAACUUAAAAAUAUUGAAGAUAUUAAACGUCAAAAAUUAAUUGAACAAGAAAAUAAACGUCAAGAAGAAGAACAACAAAAACGUGAAUAUCAACGUAGACAAAUACAAGAAGCAUUAAAUCAACAAACAUAUUAUCAAUUUAAAGCAUAUGCUGAACAACAAUAUCCAGGUAAUCCAGAACAACAAGGUGUAUUAAUACGACAAUUACAAGAACAACAUUAUCAUCGUUAUAUGCAACAAUUGCAUCAAAAUCGUUCAAUGAUUCAAGAUAAUAAUAAUGAUGUUGUUGUUGAUAAAAAAAAUAAUGAAAAUCAAGAAAAAGAUGAUAAUAAAAUACAAAAAAUUAAAAAAGAUGAGCUAAUAAAUAUUGAUGAUGACAAUGAUAAUGAUAAUGUUGAGAAAAAAAAAUAUAAAUCUAAAAAAAAUCAUCAAAAUAAUAAACGUAAUAAUAAAAAAAAGUUAAAUAAUGAUAGUGAUAAAGGUAACGAUGCUGAUGAUGAUGAUGAUGAUGAUAUGAUUAAUGAUGAUGGUCAUGACGAGGAGGAUGAUGAUGAUGAUGAUGAAGAUGAGGAUGACGACGAUGAUGAUGAUGAUGGUCAUGAUAAUGAUAAUAAAAAUGAAAAUGAUUCAGAUGAAGAACCAGAUUGGCCACAUAUUGAAACACCUAAAAUGUGGACACGUACUGGUGUUGAAGAAUUUAAAGAUUUAAUAAAAAGAGAAGCUGGUGAUGCUGUUAUUAAAGUUGGACAUGGUGAAACAGUUACAGUUAGAGUACCAACACAUGAAGAUGGUUCAUGUGUUUUUUGGGAAUUUGCAACAGAUGGUUAUGACAUUGGUUUUGGUGUUUAUUUUGAAUGGACAAAACCAGAUACAAAUCAAGUAUCAGUACAUAUUAGUGAAUCUGAAGAUGAUGAUGAUGAAAAUGAUUUUGAUUCAAGAGAAGAUUUAGAAUGUGGUGAUAUUAAUGGUGAUGUUCAAACUGAAUUUAAACCAAGUACACCACCAAUAAGUGUCAUCAUACCUGUUUAUCGUAGAGAUUCACAAGAUGAAGUAUACGCUGGCAGUCAUGAGUAUCCUGGUCAAGGUGUUUAUUUGUUGAAAUUUGAUAAUUCAUAUUCAUUGUGGCGCAGUAAAACACUUUACUACAGAGUUUACUAUACAAGACCUGGUUUUACAAAUAAUCCAACUUAACAUUAUUUUCAUUCAUGUUAAAUAAUGACACAUUAUUUAUUUAUUAUUAUCAAUAAAUAUACUAGUCUGGCUGUCAUGAAAAAAAAAAAAAUAAAUAAAACCACAAUGUAUUAUUGUGACAAUUUAAAUAUAAUUUAAAUUUAUUAUUACACUUAUGUAAGUCAAAGAUUUUUUUGUUUGUUUUAAUUUUGUUUUGUUUAAAAUUUAAACAAAUAUGCACAAUAUUGAUCACUAUUGGUUAUUAAAAUUAAAAAUUAUUUAUCAUUAA